AUGGGAACGGCUAGGAGGAAUGGGAGUGAGGAACAGUUACAGAAGGUGGGAAGGAGUGGAUGGGAACAGCUAGGAGGAGGAAUGGGAGUGAGGAACAGUUAUAGAAGGAGGGAAGGAGUGAUGGGAACAGAUGGGAGGAAUGGGAGUGGGGAACAGUUACAGAAGGAGGGAAAGAGUGGAUGGGAACGGCUAGGAGGAGGAAUGGGAGUGAGGAACAGUUAUAGAAGGAGGGAAGGAGUGAUGGGAACAGCUAGGAGGAAUGGGAGUGGGGAACAGUUACAGAAGGAGGGAAAGAGUGGAUGGGAACGGCUAGGAAGAGGAAUGGGAGUGAGGAAAAGUUACAGAAGGAGGGAAGGAGUGAUAGGAACAGCUAGGAGGAAUGGAAGUGAGGAACAGUUACAGAAGGAGGGAAGGAGUGGAUGGGAACGAACGGCUAAGAGGAGGAAUGGGAGUGAGGAACAGUUACAAAAGGAGGGAUGCAAAGGAGGGAAAGAGUGGAUGGGAACGGCUAGGAGGAGGAAUGGGAGUGGGGAACAGUUACAGAAGGAGGGAAGGAGUGAAUGGGAACGGCUAGAGGAGGAAUGGGAGUGGGGAACAGUUACAGAAGGAUGGAAGGAGUGGAUGGGAACGGCUAGGAGGAAUGGGAGUGAGGAACAGUUACAGAAGGAGGGAAGGAGUGGAUGGGAACGGCUAGAGGAGGAAUGGGAGUGGGGAACAGUUACAGAAGGAGGGAAGGAGUGA